UAUAUUGAUUUUUGUAUAUUUGUGUCCCUUUGACGUGUAAUAAAAAAAAAAAUUAAAAUAACAAUAAUAAUAAUAAUAAUAAUUCCUUACAAUUAAUAACAAAAAAAAAACAAUCAAUUAAUUAAAUAAUAAAUUUCGUACAUAAUCUUUGUUUGAUUAGUGUCCUUUAUCUCCUUUACUCCCCAAUUUUCUUCCCUUACAAAAAAUUUUCACCACGGAAAGAACAAAGAAACUUUGGGGAAGUUAUAGUAGGAGAUUUUCUAAACGUCAUCAGAAACAAUCGAUCCUUUUUAAUAAUCCAACUGUAAUGUCAACUCCCGUUACCGUUCAUCAUGAUAAAUCUAAUGUAUUAUGUAAUGUUGAUGUUGCUCAACCUAUAGAAAAAAUUAUUAAAACUUUGUGUAUUGAACAAUUUAAUAUACAAGAACCUGCAGCCCUUUAUGCUCUUAGGUUGUUGGAUACUGAUGAAUUGAUUACUGAUGAGAAUCUCCGACGAAAAAUAAAAGAGAAUGAACGGUUGAAAUUAGUUUCAUCACCGUUGAUCGAAGCGGCCGAAAUUUGUGAAAAAUUAGGUUCUAACGAUGAUAGAGUCCUAAAAUUGGCUACCUUUUCUCUUCAAAAGUACAUCAAGGAAGUAGAAUUCGCUGAUGAGUUUUUAAAACGAAAUGGAUUAAAAUCUCUUAUUGAUAUAAUAAAUAAUUCAAGUGGAAAUACUCUUGCUUAUGCUUUAACUUCAAUGCAAAAUCUUAUGGAACAUGAUCAUGGAUGGGAAGAUUUAGGCUUUGAUUUUAUCAAUAAGGUGAUAAAUAUUUUAGUGAAACAAACGUUAGUGAAUAUUUGUAGACCUGCUACGGCAAUAAUUAUUAAAUUAGCUACAGCAGAUAAAAAUUCUACAACUUCGGCGAUAAAAACAUACGGUUUUGAUGUAUUACAUGAUGCAAUGAUAAAGCAACCAAAUUUUUUUUCAACUUUAGUUCAACGUCUUUCAUCUGCUGAUUAUGUCUUGUGUUCGAAUAGUUUAUGUUUAAUUAAUGCUUUAAUGAGACAUGUUACGGAUCAUCAUUGGGAAUCUUUUAUGGAUAUGAUGAUUAAGCUAAAAGUUAGGAAAGCUGUCGCGUUAUUGAUGAAUGGAGUACAUGGAGAUGAAUUAUCAAAACAUUUGCUAGAAUUUCAAUCCCUCUUCGUACGACAAGCAUAUCGAUGGAAAAGGACACAAGUAUCAUUACAUAUUCCAUCACAUAAAGCAAUGUUGGAAGAAUUAUGGUCAAAAGCAAAUCUACCUGAAGAAGGUGGUAAAUGGCGAAAAAUUGGGUUCGCAACUGAAGCACCAAAAUGGGAAAUUCAACGAGUCGGAUAUUUAGGACUUGAAAAUAUGCAUGGAUUUAUGAAAAAAGAUAUUGAUGAUUACCAAAAAACAAUCUUAGAACAACAUAAUCGUCCUGCAGAACGAAGAUGUCCAUUUGCAAAAACAUCGAUAGAAGUUACAGAACUAUUAUGUGAUUAUUGGGAUGUUAGUACUGGAUAUACAACAUCAACGUCAUUUCAACCUUUAUUGUUAGCGUUUGAAAAGAUUCAUUAUAUAACAGUCAAAUCAUUUUUCAGAUUAUGGAAUGAAAUGGAAGCGACGGUUGAUGAUUUUCCUAAAGUAUCGGCUUUAGUGAGAAGUCAAUUAAAAUUUGCAUUAAGAGACGAGGCGACAAAACAAUUAUAUGAAUUUGAAAAAGAUAUGCUAGAAGUUGAAUAUAAAGUUAUUAGAGAUAGACAAUUAAAAGAAUUAGAAUUAGGUGAUGAUUUAUUAAGCAAAACUCCAGUGAGGAAUUUACGUAGUAGAUUAUAUACAGAAUCGUACGAAUUCGUAAAGAAUCAACGUAUUAAAUGUUUAUUAAUAGGAGAUUGGUUUCAAAUUACAACAACUACAAAUGUUCCAUUAAAUUCUACAACAAAUCUUGGAAAAAAGACUAUGAUUAAUAAAAAAUGGAGAUUUUAUAGAUUAAGUCCGAAUUUGAAAUUUUUACAUUAUAGUGAUUUUCCAGAGAAAACUUUUAUUAGAGAUGGAAUUGAGGAUCUUCCCGAAAGAAUUGAUUUAUCUUUAGUGACUGAUAUAAUGACAGGACCUUCGCCACAGAUAGCAUCGACAAUUGGAUCACCACCUAAAGCCAUCUCAAAACAUCUUUCAACAAAUAUCAUCAUAACAAACAAUAACUUAUCACAAGAUUUAACGUUUUCAUUAAUGUCAGGACCAGAUACAGUAUUAACAGAAUUUAUAGCAAGAGAUUAUACACAAUAUUCAGAAUGGACUGAUGGUCUUAAUAUGUUAUUUGAUAAAAAUAUUAAUAGUAAAGAUACAGCAGAAUAUAUACAUAUAUUAACAGAAAUUGGAGUUAAAGUUAAAUUAUUAGAUUUAAGUGGAGAAAAAGUUGAAAUACCACAAAAUAUCGAAGUACCAAAUAAAUUACCUAUCAUUGGAACUGGUGGUAGCGGAUUUUAUUAUGAUGAUCCUUUCUCUUAGAGAAAAAAAAAAAAAGUACAAAAAAUUUAGGUUUCAAAUUAAUUUAAUGUUUUUAUUUAUUUAUUUAUUUAUUUAUUUUAUUAUUUUGUCUAAAGGUUCAGUUUGAAGUAACUAUUUUAAAUAUAU